CACAGAGGGAAGCGCCUGGAGCCACUGAAGCCACGAUAACCAAAGGGCCCACGUGACCUUGUGCUCUGCUCCGUCAUGACAAAAGUGCUCGUCACCCUCUGCGUCCUCGGCGCUCUCCAAGCGACCGCAGCAGCUCAGAACAAAACGGGGAUGCCUCUGACCUGUUUCUAUUGCAAAUCUGGGCAAAGCUGUUCCCACAACCUCCCCCAGAUCUGCUCCUCUCCCCAGGACGCCUGCAUCAUCGUUCAAGAACACAACACAUUCGCCUUUCAGUCUAGCACGUGGAAUGGAGGCACGUACCAGUCCUGCGCCGACUCCCGCCAGAGCCUCAUGGGCUUCCUGGCUUUUUACUUCGGGGCCACGGUGACCGUGGAGAUCCGGUCAGAAAUUUGCAAGACCAACGACUGCAACGUCCAUUUAAUGCCCAUCGGGCAGGCUAUCAGCAGUGUCCGCAAUGGCCUGCAGUGCCCGGCCUGCUACGCCCCGGGCUUCGAGAGCUGUGAGAGCAACGAGAGCUUGCGCUGCACUGGAGGUGCCGACCAAUGUGCUGUUGUCGUCGGGACGCUGGCGCAAGGUGAUGUCGCUAUCCCGUUUGCAGGCCGGGGCUGCGCUACCCGGGUGGCCUGCGGCAUCAAGACACUGGAAUCGGGGGUGUUCACCUACAAACUGACCAAUGUCCAAUGCAGCCCAGCGCCCAAAGCGCAGACCAGCAGCGCCAUCCCGACUCUGGCCUGGGGUCCCUUCACCCUGGCCAGCAUCGUCCCCCGGGUCCCCCUUUUCCUCCCUUUCCUUCUGGGGCUAUGCUUCUGCUGACUGGCAGGACCCCCCCGGGCCAUUGGUGUCUCAGUAUAACCGGUGCACUCGGCCUUUCCUGUUCCCUGACCUGCCUCAGUUUCCCCCCGCCCCUGUAAGGGGAAUAACAAUGGUGAGCUGCCAUU